AAUAAAACGAUUAUCGCGGUAAAAUACGAACGCCUUGGCGACGUCCGCACACAGGACUACAACGGUGACUACUGAGUAUUGACUAGUGAGUAGUGAGGGCUGCAGAAUAUGAAGUAAAGGAUAUUAUUAUUUAUUUCCCAGAGUUUCUGACUUCCCGACUCCCGUCGUCGUCCUGCAACUCACAAUUAAUCCGGAAAUGGCUCGAGCACAACGCCGCAAUUUCUUGUCGUGCCCUCGUUUCUGGAUCGCGGAUGUUCUAAAUGACAUAAUUGCUGCAUCACUUAACUGUCCGUUUUUGUUUGUACCUACAUCUAUAAUCAACAAAGAUAUUUUAAAUAAAAGUAUAUGUUGUGCAGUUCAUUCUUCAAUUAUGCGACUAAAUGAUUCUAGUAUGGAAAAGUUAAUGGGUUUGAUCGAAACCUCAGUUAAAAUGCAAAUGUUCUCAAGUAAUGGUCCGAGACAAGUAUUAUUAGUAACAUUGAAUCAUUUAGAUUCUAUCCGUGAUCUGGCUGGUUCUUAUCAAUUGAAACAAAAUAUAGAUGUCAUACAACACAAUUUCUAUCAAACUUUUGAGAAAAUGACAAAUGGAGAAAUAAUGAGAUUACGAUAUGCAAUGUUGAACUAUUUGCAAGAUAUACAUGUUAAAGUUACCAUAUUUAUUAAAGAAGGUCUACAGCGGUAUAAUGGGUCAUUUGUUUCAGUAGGAAAAUGGGUGAUUCCACAUGGAUGUGAAGCUCCAGGUGUUAUAAGAGUGUUCAAUAAAAAUAGUACUCUUAUUGAUAUCAGUACAUUUCAUCCAAUAUCAUUUUACAAAGUAGAAACCGAAAUAGGUUCAAUCAAGCCUAAUAGUCCUCGGAUCACUACUCUCGGGCUUUCAAUGUACCACUAA